CCCAAGAACUUCUUGAGCAGUUUAUCAACUUCCGCUGGCAGUUAGCGCGGCAAAAUGACAUGUUUUGGCGGAGAAAGUGCAGAUCCGAGGCGCGUAUGUGUGCCGCUCGCCGCGGGAAUCAACCCGGUGCAGAGCGCGUUAGGGGGAGGGGCUAACACCGGACUCCUCCCACUCUCGCUUUUUAGCCCUUGACGUAUGAAGAGGACGGUAGCAACAGUUGCCUCGAGACCCCCGCUCGCCAUAGUGACUGUAGUCGUGGAGACAGUUACUUACCAACGGGAGCAACACUCAGCAACAGCAGCAGCAGCAGCAACUGGAGGAGAGAGAGAGGGAAAAGAACAGUAAAGCCAGGGCAGAUCUAAGCACAAGGCUGAGGAGAAACGAUGCAGCGGUCAGAAGGGGGCUCAGAGACGCCAUCCACCGUGGCGUUAAGAACAUCCACUUCAGCCCAGGCACCAGUGGUUCAGCCUGUUCCCGCUUCGCAACAACGUGUUUUAGUUCAGGCCACCGGUUCUUCCCAGAAGGGAGCUCAGGUGCAGCAGUUACCAGUGCCUAGAGUGCAACAGGUCCCUCAGCAGGUACAGCAGGUUCAGCAUUACCAUUCCCAGCAGGUGCAAUAUGUGGAGGGUGCAGAGGCUGUCUACCCCAAUGGCACAAUUCGUGCUGCAUACUCUUAUAACCCAGAGUCCCAGCUAUAUGGUCAGGGCAGUGGAAGUGCCUAUUUCGACUCUCAGGCGGGUGGUGCUCAGGUAACCACAGUCGUCUCUUCUGGUGGAGUGCCCACUCAUGGCAUGGUGGGAAUUGCUAUGGAUGUGGGUGGCAGUCAGAUCAUUUCCAGCGGCAGCGCCUACCUGAUCCACGGCGGGAUGGAAGGUGGCCGCCACCACACCUCUCACUCCUCACGCUCAUCAUCUGCAAUGUUGCAGUGGCUGCUGGAUAAUUAUGAGACGGCUGAAGGUGUGAGUCUGCCGCGGAGCUCUCUCUAUAACCACUAUCUGAGACACUGUCAGGAGCAAAAGCUGGAUCCAGUUAAUGCAGCCUCUUUUGGCAAACUCAUCCGCUCUGUCUUCAUGGGCCUUCGCACGCGCCGGCUUGGUACCAGGGGGAACUCAAAAUACCAUUAUUAUGGCAUUCGUCUGAAGCCGGACUCGCCUCUCAACCGUAUGCAGGAGGACACGCAGUACAUGGCAAUGAGACAAACACCUGUCCAUCAGAAGCAGAGGUUUAAGCCCUUUCACAAGAUGGAUGGGAUGGGGGACAGUCUGAACAGUGGCUCCCAGCAUUUGUCCAGCACCCCUGAGCAGAGCGUGGCGGCCCAGUGUCAGCAUCACCAGCAGUACAUUGAUGUGUCUCAUGUCCUUCCUCCCUUCCCUUCUCUUGAUCUGGGCUCCUGUCCUCUGCCGGAGUCCAUCAGCAUGACUGAUGUGAAAAAACUACAGAGCAGCUACAGGAUUCACUGUGAGGCUACUCUGGAUGUUGUGAUGAACCUGCAAUUUCAUCUCAUAGAGAAGCUGUGGCAGACCUUUUGGCAUUCAACAGCGCCCUCUAGUGACGGAGCCACUACCAUACCUAACAGCGAGGAGGAUGUGGAGGACAUCAGAGGAUUCCCCAGAGACAAGCUGAUCACUCUGUGUAAAUAUGAGCCAAUUAAACAGUGGAUGAGGAGCUGUGAUCACAUCCUGUAUCAGGCACUGGUGGAGAUCCUUAUCCCUGAUGUGCUGCGGCCUGUUCCCAGCACCCUCACUCAAGCCAUCAGAAACUUCGCUAAGAGUCUAGAGGGCUGGUUGACCUCAGCCAUGACUAACUUCCCUCCGGAGAUCAUCAGCACUAAGGCUGCAGUAGUGAGUGCAUUUGCACAGACCCUGCGUCGCUACACCUCUCUCAAUCACCUGGCUCAGGCAGCGCGGGCCGUCCUGCAGAACACCUCCCAGAUCAAUCAGAUGCUCAGCGACCUCAACAGAGUAGACUUUGCCAACGUGCAGGAGCAGGCGUCCUGGGUCUGCCAGUGUGAUGAGUCUGUUGUUCAGCGUUUAGAGCUGGACUUUAAGGCGACCCUGCAGCAGCAAAGCUCUCUGGAUCAAUGGGCCGCAUGGCUGGAUAACGUCGUCAAUCAGGUGCUCAAACCCUAUGAUGGCAGUCUGAGCUUCCCUCGUGCCGCACGCCAGUUUCUGCUCAAGUGGUCCUUCUACAGCUCUAUGGUGAUCAGAGAUCUGACUCUGCGCUCGGCCGCCAGUUUCGGCUCCUUCCACCUCAUCCGUCUGCUCUAUGAUGAGUACAUGUUUUAUUUGGUGGAACACCGUGUGGCUCAGGCAACCGGAGAGACUCCAAUUGCUGUCAUGGGGGAGUUCAGUGACCUCAGUUCAUUAAUGCCAUCCCUCAAGGAGCAAGACACUUCAUUCUCAGACGACAUGACCAGCGAUGGAGACAUGUCGAGGAUGAGCGAGAGAAGCCUGACUGAACCAGCGGUAAAGAGAGAAAGAAUCGAGAUCCCUCACUCCCUGCAGGAGAUCUAACAGACACAAACGUCAUCUCCGUCUUUAGAGUAGGGUCAGCGUGUGUCUCCUUUAGGUUUUCUGCGACUGUGAAGCAAGAAUGUGCUGGUUUGGUGGCGUGUGGUUUAUUUUUCAUGUGCCAUAGUCUUCUUUCAGUGCCUUAGAUGAGAAAAGAAACACUAGAGCUUUCUCUUUGACCUUCUGUCGUUUUCCUCGGCCGUGCCUCCAACCGCAGGAUGAAUGUAUCGUCUAUGAACCUCAGAUGUCUAAAGCACCUUUUUAAACGGCAGCCACUUUUAUUUUUUCCCUCUCUCAGACGUAGAUGCAACCUGCUGACCCCAAAGCCGCCCGUUUUCAGCCUCCACCCAAAACUUGCUGCAACACGAGAAAAGCCUUCAGAAGCAUCCGUUUGAUGAGAGCUCUGGCCGUAUGAGAUGCCUAGUCUAUACCUCAAAGCAUUCGUAGGUUUAAUCAAUUGACGUCCAGCUUUUAUGAUGUUUUCUAAUGAGAUGAGUGGAUUUGGAAGCCCCGCGCUGUUGUUGGAAAGCUCUCGGGAUGUAUAUAAACAGAUUCCGUUGGUCGUUAUUGCUCGAGCAAAGCAGAAAUGGUUUGUGAAAUUAGUUUUGUAGCUAUUUGACGAGUUCUUAGAUGUUUGCAGUAGUUCAAAUAAAAAAAGAGGUGGUAUGUUGAUAUAUUGAUAUGUUGUCUGUACACGAGGCCUUCUGAAGUAACUGGAAAAGAGUCACAACGUUGUGAAUAGUUUGUGUGUUGCUUAUUAUAAAACCGACCAGAGAUGAUUUUAAAAGAUAAAAUAACUGUAACCUAUUUAAGUAGAUAUCGUGUGUACGUGAUAGCAAAAAAACAUGUUUUCUAGAGGAGAAUAGAGAACCCUUAAUAGACGGAAUAUGCAGAUUCUUACAGAGACGCCUCAUCACUUGGUGCUGUACAACCUUUCCUGCUUUUAGUGGCCAAUGGGCUGGUUUUCUGGAGAUGUUUGUGACUAUAUUGUGCUGGGAUCUUUACUGGUGCCUGGUAGCGGCCCGUAACGCGGCUCUCUGCUCUUCACAAAGAUCAGCUUCAUUUCUACUCGCUGUGUGUUUGUGUUUGUUUUCUGGAAGUGAUUGGCUGUGAGCGUCAGGCUCUGUACUUUAAUGCCUGUCAUGGUUUUGUUGUGUGCUUUUGGGAAAGGAGUUUGUUUUUUUGUAAUGUUGUUUCAAGGCUUCUGUCUAAGAAUUAUUUUUAUGGAGGUAGAUGCAAUUCUUCUCACUACUAUAUUGAUCCCUUAUUUUUGUGUCUUUAAAAAAACCUGGUUAUUUAGCAUCGGCCGCUUAGUUUGAUUGUAUUUUGUACUGGUAAGACGUCGAUUAAAUUUGUGUAAACCA